GAAGUUGAAAGCGAUAUACAGGUGCCAGCCAGGUCGGCUCUGGGUCUUCUUCAGCCUCCUCAUCCUCCUCUUGGUCAUGCUUCAAGUUGUGGAGAAGCUGCAGCCUCCCAGAAACUGCCGGUGCGAGCUGGAGCGUGCCCUGGAGCAGACCACAGACCAUGGCCAGAAGAGGCUGGGCUAUGCCCUCCAGACCCCUGAACUGCUGUGGGAAGACAAUACCCCACGCUGGCGGAGGAAAGCCAUGCCAAACCCCACUUCCACAGAGAGCACACAGGACAUUUUUCAUGUGCCUCUGGACUUCAGACAGGCAACCCUGCUGGAAAGCAGCCCGGGCAGCCAAGAGGAAUACUGGACCUGGCAGCCCGUGGAGAGCAGCAAGAAGGCAGAGGACUUUCACAGGACAGACCCGGGGAGGGAAUUCUUCCCAAGCUGGACAGAAGUCUCUAUGGCUGACAAAGUGACUCUUGGAGAAGGCCAGCAGGUCAAAAGGGUCUCCUCUCAAGGAGAGACCUGUGAGCCCAAAACUGACAUUGUUUUCCUAAAAGUCCACAAGAGUGCCAGCAGCACUGUCAUGAACGUCCUCUUCCGCUUCGGCGAGACACACAACCUCACCUUUGCCUUCCCCAGCGGGGGUGGCAACCAGCUCUUCUACCCACGCCCCUUCCUGGCAAAGUUUGUGGAGGGCUUCAACCCCGGGAGCCCUCGGCGGUUCAACAUCCUCUGCCACCACAUGCGAUUCCUGCGGCCAGAGGUGCAGAAAGUGGUGCCCAGCUCCGCCAUCUACUUCUCCAUCCUGAGGAACCCUGUGCAGCUCAUGGAGUCCUCCUUCAUGUACUACAAGGGCACAUCGGCUUUCUCCCGCCCCCGCAGCCUGGAGGAGUUCCUCAGCCAGCCCUACCGCUACUACAACCCCGCCAACAGCGACAGCCACUACGCCAGGAACCUCAUGACGUUCGACUUUGGCUUCAAUCCCGAUGGAGAAGUCUCUGUCAAGCGGGUGGAACUCAUGCUGAGGGCCAUCGAGGCGUCCUUUGACUUGCUCCUCAUCUCCGAGUACUUCGACGAGUCAAUGGUGCUGCUGAAGGAGAUGCUGUGCUGGGACCUGGACAGCGUUGUCUCCUUCCCGCUCAACAGCCGGGACAGCAGCACCAAGGCCCCCCUCUCGGACACCAUCGUGGAGAAGAUCAAGGACUGGAACAGGCUGGACUGGGAAAUCUACACCCACUUCAACAGGACCUUCUGGGAAAGGAUCGACCGAGACAUCGGCAGGGAGCGGAUGUGCCGGGAAGUGAAGGCGCUCAAAAAAAAGCGGGGGGCAGAGCUGGCGAGGCCCUGCCUGCAAGGGGUAGGCAGCGUGGCCCCCAAGGACAUCAAGGACUCUUCCCUCCAGCCCCUCCAGCACGGCAACGCGAAGAUCUUGGGCUAUAACCUCAAGCAGGGCUUGGAUCAGGAGACGGAGCGUAUGUGCCGGCGGCUGGUGACCCCGGAGCUGCAGUACAGCAGUGCUCUCUACAAGAAGCAGUUUGCCCAGAAGCCCCCCGAAACCCCCCAGCCCGCUCCCUCUCAGCACAGGCUGGAUGGCACCCAAAACUGA